AUCAUGACAAGGCCACGUUCCAGUCCGCUAGCGGUGCUAGCGUUGAUCUUCGUUCUCUUAGGCAGCAUUCAUGUGACAUCCGCCGUGGAGAAAGUGUGUGGAAUGCCGGCUGACAUCUCCUUAGUCCUGGAUUCAUCUGCCAGCAUCUUCCCCCCGGCUUUUAACGACAAGCUCAUGCCCUUCCUGAAGAAUUUGGUCUCUAGUUUUGAGAUCUCGCCAGAAAAAGUGAGAUUCUCCCUGCUGACGUAUGGAAGUGAUGUCAACAAGCAGUUUGUCUUCAACUUCGACGAGUACACAGAUGAACAGUCUCUCCUAGAUAAAUUGGACUCUGUCCAGUGGGUGUGGGGAGCAUCCACACGGACGGACCUCGCCGUGAAGUACGCCAGAAAGAAAUUUUUCAGUACUGCUCGCCCGGACGUAGAAAAGAUUGAAAUCAUCGUUACAGAUGGUAGGACCGAUGAGAAAGCAAUUCCUAGUCUAAAUGAAGAAAUCGCCUUGACAAAGAAAGACGGCGUCACCAUCUUUGCCAUUGGUGUUGGUGACAAGAUUAGUCUUGAGGACCUGAAGUCCAUGGCAACCUCGAUGAAAUACGUGUUCAGUGUGACCGAUUAUGCCGCUCUACAGGAAAUCAAGGAUAUCCUAGCAGCUACUGCGUGCAUCAUGCCGACCACAGAGCCAAAUAUUCAGCCAUGCGGUGACAUUAACCCUGACGUCAUCGUCACCAUGGAUUCCUCGCGCAUGGACAUUGUUGACGUCCGAGCCGUGUUCGACUUCAUGAUUGGCGUGGUCAGAGAACAAGGCAUUUCUCUAUACGAAGGCCUUCGUGUUGGUCUUCUUACCGGCGAAUGUGUUAACUACAGAGGGUUUGCUCUUGGCGAAUUUAUUGACAAGGCUGCCAUCGGUAAUUACCUGGACAGGCUGGCUCAAGCAGAAAUCAGACCUCUUGUCAAGGAACUCUGGUCACAGGCUUUCUUAGAGAAGAACGGCGGCCGGAAGGACGCGCGGCGCGUGGGCGUUGUUGUUGUUCCCGCCAAAAUACGAGACCCCAAGGGACUCCUUGUGGAAGCGGAGAAGGCUAAGAUGAACAAUAUCGAACUCUACGCCAUUGGGAUCGGCAGUACGGACUCCAAACUGCUCAACAGUAUUGCUAGCUCCCCCAAGCACGUCAUUCACGUUAAGAGCCCUGCAGAACUGGCCUCCUAUUACUCAGAGUUCGUCCACAAGCUCUGCGAAAAGCCAGAGUCGACUCCGAAACCCACCCCCAAACCCACCCCGGCACCGACUACCAAGAACCCCAACUGUUAAGAAGAUGAGGUUUCUGCUGAUGUAAAGAGGAAGAUUUCCGGCUUAACAGUGCGCUGAUUCCAAAUAUAAUUUAUAUGAACUAUAGUCUAAUAUAUUUAUAUGAUGUAUGACGUAUAUUUACAAUUAAAAUGAAAACGUUUCCUAGAGCAUCAUAAGAGAAACUGUCUGGGAAUGUGUUUUGUACAUGUAUUUGCCCGUCUGCAUUAUUGGCAUAAGUGUACCUGUGUCUGUCCAAGAAUUUUCCACAGGCCAUUAACGAUACAUGAAUUAUUUAAUA